AUGGUUCUCGCUGAUCUCGGAGCGCGCCUUCACGGAGCUCUUAACCAGUUCUCGAAAACCUCCUCCGUCGACGAGACUGCUAUCGAUGCUCUUGUCAAGGAGCUCUGCGCGGCUCUUCUCGAGUCGGACGUCAACGUCAAGCUCGUCUCCCAGCUUCGAGCGAAGGUCAAGGCGAAGGUGAAGAGGAACCUGGAGGACGCGGAGAAGGCAGGAGGACGCGAGGUGAACAAGAAGAACGCCGUCCAGAAGGCUGUUUUCGAUGAGCUCGUCGCCCUUGUUGACCCCGGAACGGAGCCGUACAAGCCUGUGAAGGGCAAGGUCAACGUGAUCAUGGCCGUCGGUAUCCAGGGAGCUGGUAAGACGACGACCUGUACGAAGCUCGCCGUGCACUACCAGCGCCGCGGAUUCCGAACCUGUCUCGUGUGUGCGGACACCUUCCGUGCCGGAGCUUUCGACCAGUUGAAGCAGAACGCUACGAAGGCCAAGAUUCCCUUCUUUGGUUCGUACACCGAGACCGACCCGGUCACGAUCGCCUACCAGGGUGUGGAGAAGUUCAGGAAGGAGCGCUUCGACGUCAUCAUUGUCGACACAUCCGGUCGUCACAAGCAGGAGAGCGAGCUGUUUGAGGAGAUGGUCUCCAUCUCCAAGGCUGUCAAGCCUGACAUGACGGUGAUGGUUCUCGACGCCAGUAUUGGUCAGGCGGCUGAAGGACAAUCGAGGGCUUUCAAGGACAGUUCCGACUUCGGUUCGAUCAUUGUCACCAAGCUGGACGGCCACGCCAAGGGUGGUGGUGCCAUUUCUGCCGUUGCCGCGACGAAGACGCCGAUCAUCUUCCUCGGAACGGGAGAGCACCUGAAUGACCUCGAGAAGUUCGCCCCGCAGCCUUUCAUCUCCAAGCUCCUCGGCAUGGGUGACAUCCAGGGUCUGAUGGAGCACAUGCAGGACAUGGCGCGGGCGAACCCCGACGGUCAGAAGGACCUGGCGAAGAAGCUUGGCGAGGGCAAGUUCACCAUCCGGGAUUGGAAGGACCAGUUGUCCAACAUCAUGAACAUGGGAAGCCUGAGCAAGAUCGCGUCGAUGGUUCCGGGAAUGUCCGGCAUGAUGGAGCAGGGAGGAGAGGAGGAGGCCGCCGCCAAACUGAAGCGCAUGAUCUUCAUUACGGACGCCAUGAGGACAGACGAGCUUGACUCGGACGGACUGAUCUUCCGAGUAGCCCAGGGAAGUGGAACGAGCGUCCGGGAAGUUGAGGAGCUGCUUGCUCAGGCGCGCAUGAUGGCUGGUAUGGCUCGGCAAGCCGGCGGCCAGAACGGCUGGAUGUCGGCCAUGCAGAAGAUGCAGGCCGCUGCUGGCGGCAAGCCUCUCGGCCCCAACGGCAUGCCGUCGCAGCAGCAGAUUCAGGCUAUGCGUAACGCGAUGCCUCCUGAGCUCCUCAAGAAGCUCAGGGCCGCUGGUCCCGGUGGUGCUCAGAAGAUGAUGGCCGAGAUGAUGGGCGGCGGCGCCCCCGGCGGCAUGGACAUGGGCGCCAUGAUGAAGAGUAUGAUGGGCGGCGGCGGCAUGCCCGGCAUGCCCGGCAUGGGUGGUGGUGGUGAGGCCAUGAAGGCCAUGGGCGGCAUGGGCGGAAUGGGCGGCAUGGGAGGUGGCAUGCCCGACAUGAGCCAGAUGAUGAAGAUGAUGGGAGGCAUGGGAAUGGGCGGCCGCUAA